AUGCGCCAGAAACAUAUACAAGCUCUGUCCGAUCUUAACGAUCGGAUAACCAAUGUUAAUAUGGAAUUGAAUGAAGUAGAGGUCACUAUCAGUGCGAUCAAUAAAGAACUCUUUGAGCUCGAAAAAAAGAGUGAUAGCGAACGCGACGAUGAUGAAAACGACGGGAUAUCAAUUGAAAAUGUGAGUGAAGAACAACGUACUUUGGAGUCUGAGUCAUUGAUGCCAACCUUAGCUCGUUUGUAUAGAAAAGCAAUCCAUACUAAGGUACGCACAAAACAUGGAAAUCAAGAUGAGAUUCGGUACUGGUACCAUUAUGAAAAGGAGUACGAAAACAAAGUACGGGAUCUUAAACGAUAA